UCUACUUAAUUAAUCAUGGCUUUCUUCUCCAUGAUGAAGGUCCUUCUCCUUUGCACUACUUCCCUCUCACUCCUCACCACCCCUGCCUCAGGCCAGACCUCCAGCUACUUGCUCAGCAAUGAGCGGCUCAACACAGGCGAAGCCCUCAUACAGGGUAGCGACAAUUUUACUAUCGGAAAUGAUUGCAACCUCGUCCUCUACAACUCUGGGGAUGAGAUAUGGUCUUCGAACACCAAAGAUGAAAGUUCAGGUUGCUACCUCACCUUACAAAGAAACGGCAACCUCAUUAUCUAUAACAAAAAUGGUAUUCGCAUAUGGAAUAAUAAAGGACCUGAAGGAAAAGAUGGAAACUAUAUCCUCAUACUACUAACGAGCCAUAAUGUUGUUAUAUACGGUCCAACCAUUUGGUCUAUUGGGAAGAGUACCUAUGGUUCUAACGAUGUUGACAUCGCCACUGCACUUAAAGGGACAACAGGAGUUUCAAGCGAGGAGCAGAAUAACAUGAGGAAAAUGGGGAAAACUAUGAAGCUUAUGAGCAAUGAAUAGUCUGGGUUUUAUAAUUAUGCGUAUUAAUGAAUAAUGAAUAAGACAUGCAUGCGUGUGAAUGCUGGAUGAAUGGGUUUAUUAUCUCAAGCAUGUUUUUAAUUUCCUUGCUCUGUGUGUGUUCUUAUCGUUGAAAUAAAAUGGAAGUUUGUCCUUGUCUUGUAAGCUUUUAAUGGAGUUGUUGUAGAAACUGCUUAUCUAUUA